UCUUAAGAGUCAUAGUGUCCACCAGGAAGUGAAAAGGUUUACAAUCUUUGAUUUUGUAAAAAAAAAAAAAAAGGUAUAACAGUUUGUUUUGGAUUAUGACUAACACGUCAUAACCCGAGCAUACAUCGUUGUUGAUUUGCCCUUCUCAACAUGUAUAGCGGACUUUUACCGAAAGGUCUGACCGAUGCAGAAAUUAGUUCAGAUGAUGAAGACGACCAAGGUGUUGCAAAUCAAGAAAUAGCCGCCGCUAACGUUCCAGGUCCUGCAGUUGGACUUUCGCGUGGUCUUAAGCAAAAUUGUGUUACACUUGGAGACACAAGUUAUUCUUGUAUCCAGCCCUUCAUAGAAAAUGACCUGUGUUUGGACUCCUUACCCGGGAUUUCCGAUGAGAAUUGGCAAGAAUGUGAAGUGUUGCACCACCUUUCAAAAAAAUUUAAAGAGCAACAGAAGAACAAAUGUGAGAUCAACACAAUGAAGCUCCCCCAAAAAAGACAGAGAAAAGGACGAUAUAAGAAAGAUGAAAAAUCAGCAACUAAGAACAUGGUAUCAAACAAUGAAAGCAGAGAACCUCAAGCGGAGCAUGAAAGGCAUUGGGAUGGGCUUACGCAGUACUUUGGCAUCAAUGAUAGAUUUCAACCCCCUGCCUGUAGCAAGCCUGCUCCCAAGUCCAGCCUAGAAAAGAGCAUAGAGAGCGCCAUCGCUGAAGGGGACUUUGGGAAGGCGGAGGAGAUGAGCGACAGACUCGCCACUCGAGAGUUGGCUGUGAAAAUCGCGCAAGCCACCGAUUGCCGUGACUUUGUGCAAAGCAAACAGGAAGUGGAGGCUUCGCGGGCAGCCCAGAAAAGGAAGAAACAAAUCGCUUGGGGGUUUGAAGCCAAGCAAAGAUGGGAAACCAAAAGCAACAUGGGCUAUAUGUGACUUUGUCUUCACUGAAGAGAAAGAAAAUGAAGAUUUGUGUAUUUUCUCAGUUAAUUUAAUGACGUUUGUGUUAACAUUUUUCUUUUGCAUAUUAUGUUUUCUUCACGUUUGUACCAUCAUGUUUGUGAAAUUGUCAAGAUACUGUACACAACUAACAAUAAAACAUCUGUAAAAAAAAAAAAAAAAUGAAUUUAUGGAAUGUUCAAAUAAAUUCUGAGCACUCCAUGGUGGCAGCUUUAUGUGCUGUUUUCAUUACAUAUCUCUGAUUAUUUUCUUUUAGCAUUUCGGUGGGAUUUUUUCCCCUUCAAAUUAAAUCUGGUGUACAUUA